GGUGUAUCGAAUCAAUGAUUCGCUUCCUGACAGCACAAUUUUCACUUCGCUUCAACCGUUCGACGUGCAAACUGGUCGUUUUCGUUUCUUAAUUUCGGUUAAAUUUAGUGAUAAUUAAUUUGCUAACACAAUGGUGAAGGAUGAGCCCCUAUCGGACGAGUCCGCCGAUGUGAUUGUGCUUGCAGAUCGCGAGGAAGAUGACAUAUGCGAGCUGGAGCACUUGCGUAAGCUCUUCAUCGGCGGGCUGGCCCCGUACACCACCGAGGAGAACCUGAAGUUGUUCUACGGCCAGUGGGGCAAGGUGGUCGAUGUUGUGGUGAUGCGCGAUGCUGCCACCAAGAGAUCUCGCGGCUUCGGCUUCAUCACCUACACAAAGUCUCUCAUGGUCGACAGGGCCCAGGAGAACCGUCCGCACAUCAUCGACGGCAAAACUGUGGAAGCCAAGCGUGCUCUGCCCCGUCCCGAACGCGAAUCGCGCGAGACCAAUAUAUCCGUGAAGAAGCUGUUCGUAGGCGGUCUUAAGGAUAACCACGAUGAGGAAUGCCUUCGUGAAUACUUCCUCCAAUUCGGGAAUGUAGUCUCCGUUAAAUUGCUUACUGACAAAACCACUGGCAAGCGUCGCGGCUUCGCCUUCGUCGAGUUCGACGACUACGAUGCAGUGGAUAAGGCUAUCCUUAAAAAGCAACAUGCGAUUAAGUACGUUCACGUGGACGUCAAGAAGUCCAUUUAUAACCUGGACAAGAAGGAGAAACAGCAGCCAGGUGGGCUGGCCAACGCCAUCAAGCCGUCGCUCAAUCAGCAGCAGCAACAGCAGGGUGGCGGACAGCAGCCACCUAAUGGCAAUAUGCAGGCACCUAGCUUUCGACCACCAGUGCCGCCACAACAGGCCAUGGGCCCCUACCAACAACAGCCACCACCGGCGCCUAUGUCUGCUCCACCACCAAACUUCAACUACUGGGGACCACCUCCGCCGGCUAUGCCGCCCUACUACCAGCAGCCACCGCCGCAGCAGAUGAACGGCUGGGGUCCAUAUCCGCCGCCGCAACAAAAUGGCUGGAAUGCACCACCACCGCCACCACCGGGUGCCCAGCAGUGGCACGCCAACCAGUGGGGUUGUCCUCCACCAGUGCAACAGGUGCCGCCGGUUGGAGCAGUGCCACCACCCAUGGGUCACAAUGGACCACCGCCGACGGCUCCAGGUAACUGGAACAUGCCGCCCCCAGUGCCGGGUGCAGCUCCUCCAUCCCACCAGCAGCAGUCUUCGCAACAGCCAACACCACAACCAAAUUUCGGCACUGGCUAUCAGCAAAACUACGGAGGCGGACCAUCCAAGCACAACAAUAUGAAUGCAAACCGCAUGAAUCCUUACUCGGCAGGUCCGCCCAACAGCUACCACACUCCUCAACCACCAGCAUAUACGGGCUACAACGCUGGACCACUGCCGCCUAAUGGAAGCGUUCCGCCGCCAACUGGGGCCAAGGCUGUUGGCGUAUCCAAUGGCUCCGUGGCCACUGGAGGCAGUGCCAACAGCAAAUAUCGCCGCUAGAUUGGAUGCUCUUUGGGCGGCUAAAGCUCAAGAAUCAAGACACUCUUUAGUAAGCUCGUUCAUAAGCUAGGCCACACUCGCUUAGAGUUACUAAGCAGGAAACUUAACGCAUUGUCUCUCUAUCAUAGGACAACUAACUACGAUUUUACUGUACACUUAAGCUAUACCAUUGAUUACCCUACGAUUGACCUAAGCUAUGGCAGACUAUAUAUAACUAUUUUAUACAACGUAUUGCGAGGAGCGAGCACUUCUCCAGUUCGAAUUACUCUAGACAUAAUUAUGAAACUCUGUAUCGUAGAAGAAUGCCCAAAAUACGAUACGAAAUUACAACAGGCUCUCUAUUUAAAUCUAAACCUCUCUCUCUAUCUGUAAAACAAGAAGAAGGAUUGUGCAAUGGUGGAGGAUGGAAGAACAAUUGCCAAUCAAGAUCAAUUAAUUAGACAUAAAUCACGGAGCUGUAGCCUGAGCUUAUUGGCCCAAAACAAGUAGUUUAAUCGUAGAUGCCUAUGUAUUACCUAAACCAUUCAAAUAAGAAGAUACGUCCAAACAAAAAAAACACAAGAAACAAGAAACAAGAAUAUAAGAAUCCGGAGCGAAGUCGGAUCCCAAAUCAAAUCAAAUCAUACGCAGGGCUGGCGGGCGUGGCCUUAACUAUUAAUGUACACAAGAGAUGAUAUCAAAACAAAUGUCAAUUUUUACAAGAAGCAAGAAUCGGACACUUAUAUACUGUAUUAAUGUUAAAGGUUUCUUAUCUCGUCGCCCACGAUGUUAAUUCAUAUACUACAUAUAUCUCUUCUUAUUUGUAUAUCAUGACGAACUCAAAGAAGUGUAUAUACCCGAAAAAAAUGCGAAGAAAAUGUAUAUGCUUUCGGAUUAACUAGACUUACGAUUUAUUCUCGACUCUCUCCUAUUAUUAAGCUGUUGUGCACGCCAAGGGCUUUGAAUUGAUCUUUAUAUAUAAUGCAGUACUGAAAUAAGAGAGGUCUAGUCCACAAUUUGCAAGAUUCGUUAUGCUGCAUUAUCGAGAUACAAUUUAUCACUUAACCGAACUCUAUGAAAACCCAUACGCAUAUUUAUUUUAAAUAAAUACAAAUUAAAAACAACACUAUGUAUUUGUUUUAGCUGACGAUAUGUAAGUCUCUUUCUCUUUAGCGAUAGCAUAAACUAUAUUUAGUUACCGUUAUGCCAUUCUAGAUACAAACAAAUAUCGCUCUAAUUUUAAACAUACUCUACUCUACAAAAUACUCUUGAGACAAAGUUAAUUCGUAAGGUAAGUUAGUAACGGAUCUCAUCUAGGAUAAACUAGAGUUUUUAUAAGUGCUCUUAAGUUUCUAACUUAUGUGUAUCUUGUUAUCGAAUCUUUAUUACGCUUUUCUAAGCAAACAACCUAUUUCUUUUCCAAAAAAAAAAUAAACCCCCGGAGCAACGCUGGAGUGGCCUAUUUCAAAAGACCAAGGCUCAAGUUUCCCAUAAACUAUGAGGUACGUAGAAGAGGACACGAUUUAUUUUAUGUGUUGAAAAGCAAGAAACCAAUAAAAAAGAGCUGCCAAAAUCG